ACUGGUUCUGUCUGUAUGGAUUCCCACAAGCUAAACAUGGGCUUGAGAGAUGCAAUCAGCUGGCUCCCUGACGACGUUCUGGGCAGGAUCUUGUCCUUACUUCCCACAAAACAAGCUGCUUCAACAUCUGUUCUUGCUAAAAGGUGGAGGCAUGUGUUUAGAUUAGUGCACAUUCUUGAUUUUGAUGAUUCUGUGUUGCUGCAACCGGGAGAGGGUAAAGAAGGGAGUGAUGAAAUCAAGGAGAGCUUCGGUAGUUUUGUUGACCGAACACUCGCUUCGCAAUGCGGUUCUCCUAUAAAGAAAUUCUCUCUAAAGUUUCACAUUCACGAGAGCAAAGAGAUGGCCUAUCUAUUCUCCUGGAUACGUAAUGCAUUAGACCGUGGUGUUUUAGAAGUUGACGUCAGUUUGACGCCUAAUACAAGUUGGUAUUGGAUGGUCCCAGUAGAUGUUGAUGUGGUUCAAUGGGAUUUCCUUCUUCCUUGUCAGCUCUUCAGGAGCAAGACACUGGUUAAGCUGUCGCUAGGAACAAACACUGAUAUUGGAACGCUUCCUCCUGAUGUGUCUCUUCCAGCGCUUAAGAGCCUCUUCAUCGAUUCCAUCUUGUUUGACGACCAAGAUCUUUGUGACGUGCUUCUUCCUGGUUGUCCAGUGCUUGAUGAGUUAACUGUUGUUCACAAGUAUGAUUUAUACCCUUACAGGAUAUCGAGUCAGAGCAUCAAGAAGCUAACAGUUUACUAUGAUUGUGAAGUUGGACUUGAUUAUAUGUCUGUUAUGUCACUUGACGCCCCAAGUCUUGUCUCCCUAGACUACACUGACUAUGCCAUGUCUGAGUACCCACUUGUCAACUUGAAAUCUUUACUCAAAGCUAAGCUGAACCUUUCCUCUUCUGGAAAGAUCAAGAAACCGGAUCUAACGGGUCUCAUUACAGGGAUAAGCAACGUCGAAACCUUGCAUCUUUCUCCGGCUUCUGCUGAUGUGAUUGCUCGAUGUGUUGAAAAUGGACUAGUUUUACCAGUGUUCAAGAAUCUGGUUAAGUUAUCUUUUGGGAGUUGCAACGAACGAGGCUGGAAACUUCUGCUGGAUCUGGUUAAGCAAUCUCCGAAGCUUGAAACUCUAAUCAUCCAGGGUCUGGAUAGUUGCGCAGGCGAUGUUAGGAUACAUCCCUUCCAAGUAAAGGUGGAGGAACUGGUAAAGCGUUGGAAAUCUUGA